UGCCCCUCGCUGUCUCAUUGUUUUGCGGCUCAGCGUCGCUCUGCACCGCCGGGCGGAGACAGUGACGGGUCGGAGGAAAAUGGCGGACGGUGUGGAUCACAUCGAUAUCUAUGCCGACGUAGAGGAGGAAUUCAACCAGGAAUCGGACUACGCAGUCCAUGAACAGAUCGACCUUUACGAUGAUGUAAUAUCCCCAUCAGCCAACAAUGGGGACGCUCCAGAAGAUCGCGACUACCUGGACACGCUGCCUACUGCAGGGGGCUCAGAUGGAGGGAAGAGUUCCCAACCCAACGUUGUCUACACCUACACAGGCAAAAGGAUUGCCUUGUACAUAGGGAACCUCACAUGGUGGACGACAGACGAGGACUUGACCGAAGCCAUCCGGUCGGUGGGCAUCUCCGAUGUGCUGGAGAUCAAAUUCUUUGAAAACAGAGCCAAUGGCCAGUCGAAAGGGUUUGCGCUGGUGUGUGUGGGCUCAGAGGCGUCAUCCAGGAAAUUAAUGGAGCUGCUGUCAAAGAGGGAGCUCCAUGGUCAGAAUCCCAUUGUCACGGCGUGCAACAAACAGUCUCUCAGCCAGUUUGAGAUGCAGUCACGCAAAAGUACCCAGUCAGGCCAGAUGUCUGGUGAAGGUAAAGCUGGUCCCCCUGGGGCUGGCCUUCGGGGGGGAUUUCCCAUGGGUCGAGGCAGAGGAAGGUUUCCUGGACCACCUGGCCCUGGUGGAGACCGCUUCCCUGGUCCCGUUGGGCCUGGAGGACCGCCACCUCACUUCCCUGGCCCGGGCAUGAGACCAGAUCUGAUUAGACACCAAGAUGGCCCUCUGAUGGAUAUGAAUUUCAAUCCCUUCCCGCCGGGGGGCAGGAACGGGAGCUGGCGUGGCAGAGGUGGGAUGCAGGGUCCCCCACGUCCACCUCCUGGUCCACCUGGUCCCCCUGGUCCACCAGGACCUCCACUUCCUGGACAGGGGCUCCCGCCUCCACUCUCUGGGCCUCCAAAUCGCGGCGAUAGGCCCCCUCCCCCUGUUCUUUUCCCCGGUCAGUUUGUUCAGCCUCCAAUGGGACCUCUGCCCCCAGGUCCCCCUCCACCAGGUUACGGCCCUCCUCCUGGUCCCCCUCCCCCUCAGCAGGGCCCGCCACCCCCGGGACCCUUCCCUCUACGUCCCCCAGGCCCCAUUGGGCCCCCCAUGGCUUUGGCCCCACCCCCACACAUGCCAGGUCCCCCGCCUGGUGGACCACCUCCAGCACCCCAUGUCAACCCUAACUUCUUCCCACCGCCUGGCAACAACAACAUGCCCCCGAAUGACAACCGAGGCCCCCCCGGGCCAAACGACCCAUACGGACGCCCACCACCAUAUGAAAGAGGGGACUAUGGUCCGGGAGGCCGUGAGAUGGAGGCGUCGCGGACACCUCUGAGCGAGGCAGAGUUUGAGGAGAUCAUGAACAGGAACAGAGCCAUCUCCUCCAGCGCUAUAUCGAGAGCAGUGUCAGAUGCCAGCGCAGCUGACUAUGGCAGUGCUAUAGAGACCUUGGUGACGGCGAUCAGUCUGAUUAAGCAGUCCAAAGUGUCUGCAGACGACCGCUGUAAGGUUUUAAUCAGCUCCCUGCAGGACUGUCUCCACGGCAUUGAGUCAAAAAGCUAUGGUUCCGCCUCCAGUCCAAUGAUGCUUGUCCAUGCCAGGAGAGAACGUUCCAGGGAACGGGACCACAGUCGCUCCCGAGAAAAGAGCCGACGCCACAAGUCCCGCAGCCGGGACAGGCAUGAGGACUAUUACCGAGAACGCAGCCGGGAGCGAGACCGCCACCGCGAGCGGGAUAGGGACCGAGACCGGGAGAGAGAGCGGGAGAGGGAGUACCGACACCGCUAGACCAGAAGGGAGCUAACGAGGAUCAAGGGUGGACAGAAGAAAAUGGAGGAAGACUUUCAGAGCACCACCACCUCCCACCCUGCAUGACCGGACAGGAUUACCACCACCACCUCUGCCUCCAGCUCUCCUCUCGGUCUCCACCUGUCCUUCUUUCUGUCUGUUUAUCUUGUCUGCGUGAAUAAGAGCAGUGGAUGGAUGAUACUCACCUUUGUGUAAGGCUAUCUUAUCCCAACAUGUGUACUCAUGGUAACUAAAGAUGAAAAAAGAAACUUUCCAAGCAGUUCUUUUUAUUUUUAUGAUGUUUUAUUUGACAUGAAGAUGACUACUUGUGAUUUUUUUUUUUUUUUUUUUUUUUUUUU